UCCCCGCUGUCCCCUCCCCGCUGUCCCCUGCCGGCGCGGCGCUGGCUGCGCUCCGCGGCAGAGCGGGGCUGCGGGAGGAGCCGCGGGAGGAGCCGCGCUCGGCCGCUUUGUGCCGGCAGCCGCCGCAGGACGGCCGCAAAGCCAUGGAAGAGUUAAUAGUUGAGCUGCGCCUGUUUCUUGAACUUCUGGACCAUGAAUAUCUAACUUCCACUGUCAGGGAGAAGAAGGCAGUAAUAACUAACAUUCUCCUGAGGAUACAGUCAUCAAAAGGUUUAGAAAUAAAAGAACAUGUCCAGAAGCAAGAAGUUGCCAACAGUUUGCCGGCGCCUCCUCAAAUGCCUCUGCCAGAAAUACCUCAGCAGUGGCUGCCGCCAGACAAUGGGCCUCCACCACUGCCAACCUCCUCCCUUCCUGAAGGCUAUUAUGAAGAGGCAGUGCCACUUAGUCCUGGGAAGGCUCCUGAGUACAUCACUUCCAAUUAUGACUCAGAUGCCAUGAGCAGCUCUUACGAAUCCUACGAUGAAGAGGAGGAGGAUGGAAAGGGGAAGAAAAUGAGACAUCAGUGGCCUUCUGAGGAAGCCUCUAUGGAUCUGGUGAAGGAUGCCAAAAUCUGUGCCUUCCUUCUUAGAAAAAAACGAUUUGGGCAAUGGACCAAACUACUGUGUGUUAUCAAAGAAAACAAACUACUGUGUUACAAAAGCUCCAAGGACCAGCAGCCCCAGAUGGAGCUGUUCCUGAAUGACUGCAGUAUCACCUAUAUUCCCAAAGACAGCAAAAAGAAGAAGCAUGAGCUGAAAAUCUCUCACCAAGGAGCAGAUGCCCUGGUUCUGGCAGUGCAGAGCAAGGAGCAGGCAGAACAGUGGCUAAAGGUUAUAAAAGAUGUGUGCAGCAACUGCACGGGAGCUGUAGACUCUGAUGGGCCAUUGUCUAGUUCUCCAGUACACAAAGUGGAGCUGGAAAAGAAGUUGUCAUUUGAGAGGCCAAGCUCAGAUGGGGAAGGUGCUGUGGAAAAUGGCAUCACUACCGUGUGCAAUGGUAAAGAACAAGUGAAGAGGAAAAAAAGUUCGAAAACGGAAGCCAAGGGCACUGUGACUAAAGUAACAGGGAAAAAAAUAACAAAGAUCAUUGGUUUAGGAAAGAAAAAGCCAUCAACAGAUGAACAGACCUCAUCAGCUGAAGAAGAUGUUCCAACAUGUGGAUAUCUCAACGUGCUCUCUAAUAACCGCUGGCGUGAGCGCUGGUGCAGAGUGAAGGACAAUAAACUCAUUUUCCACAAGGACAGGACAGACCUGAAGACACACAUUGUUUCCAUCCCACUCCGUGGCUGUGAAGUCAUCCUGGGGCUGGAUUCGAAGCAUCCCCUGACAUUCCGCCUGCUCCGGAACGGGCAGGAGGUCGCUGUGCUUGAGGCCUCCUCCUCAGAAGACAUGGGCAGAUGGAUUGGAAUUCUGCUGGCAGAAACAGGGUCUUCAACAGACCCUGGAGCUCUGCACUACGACUACAUCGACGUGGAAAUGACGGCAAGCGUCAUCCAGGCUGCCAAGCAGACCUUCUGUUUCAUGAACAGGCGGGUGAUAUCUACGAGCCCGUACCGGGGGAGCGCUGCCAACGGCUACGCCUGCCCCAGCGGGAUGGCGCUCCAUUACGAUGAUGUUCCCUGCAUCAACGGAUCGUGGGAACCAGAAGAUGGCUUUCCUUCUUCUCGUAGCAGGAACAUUGGAGAAGAAAUGCUUUAUGAUAACGCAGGCCUGUACGAUAACUUGCCGUCUCCAAAAAUCUUUGCGCGCUAUCCGCCAGCUGACAGGAAAGCCAAUAGGUUAUCUGCUGACAAACUCUCCUCUAACCAUUACAAACACCCUGUCUCAUCCAAUCUGUCUUCUGCUCAGUCUGUCACUAAUACCUCUGCUGUGGGGAGGGGAUCUGGCUCGCAGUUUAAAGGCAAGAAACCUCCGGUGACUGCUAAUGGGAUCGCCGGAAAAGCAAGGACUUUAAACAGCCAGCCCAAGAAAUCCGAGACGGUUUCCUGUGUGAAGCGCACGGCAUCCAAUGCAGAGCAGUACAAAUAUGGCAAGAAUCGUGUGGAGGCAGAUGCAAAGAAGUUACAAAGCAAAGAGGAGGAGCUGCUGAAGAAAAAAGAAGCCCUUCGGAACAGGCUGGCCCAGCUCCGGAAAGAAAGGAAAGAUCUGCGUGCUGCCAUUGAAGUCAAUGCUGGCAGGAAGACCCAAGUGAUUCUUGAAGACAAGUUAAAGAAGCUGGAAGAGGAGUGUAAGCAGAAGGAGGCUGAGCGUGUAAAUCUGGAGCUGGAGCUGACUGAGGUGAAGGAGAGCCUUAAGAAAGCCUUGGCUGGUGGCAUCACACUGGGCUUGGCUAUUGAGCCCAAAUCAGGAACAUCAAGUCCACAGUCUCCAAUUUUCAAGCACCGAACUUUGGAAAACUCUCCAAUCUCCAGCUGUGAUACCAGUGAUACUGAGUGCUCCAUCCCUGUGAAUAGUGCAGCAGCUCUGAAGAGACCUCCCUCAUCAAACAACUCUCCAUGUCGGGGCCAUGUCCUUCGAAAAGCAAAGGAAUGGGAGAUGAAAAAUGGAACAUAAACAUAACAAAGCCACUCACUUUCCAUAAAAGCCUUACCUACUACAGACCAAGACAUAGGCUGCAAAGGACUCACCUGGAAGGUCACAUCAAAUGAUAAAACAUGAGAAGUUUUAUAACUCUGUUAAGUUAAUGGUAGCUUGGCGCUAAUUUGCCUGUAUUCCCUCUACUGUAUUGCUGUGUAACUACGUGUGCCCCUUUUUAUUAGCUGUAACUCCUUGUUUCCAACUUCACUGGUAGAGAAAAUGAAAACCAAAAAAAACCCAACCAUAGGAACUAAAAAGGAGCAUAAAGUCACAGUUGCAAGUUUACUUUGCUGAAGCAGCAAAGAACCAGCGAUGUUAAUUAUAGUGCAUCAGACAGCUGGAACACUGCUGAAGACUGGUGGGAAAUCCUGAUUCCUGCAGGUUAAAACUGCCUUUGGAACUGUGCCACAGAGCAGGUCUAACUCAUCAGCAGAGGCUUUGCUGGUGGCUGCUCACAUGGCAAAGCAAACCUGAAGAAAUGUGCUCACAGAGGCAGCAGUGCCUGCUCAGCCCAGCAGCUCUGCAGGGCCACAAGGACUCAUUGGUGAAGCGUUUUUGGAUACUUUUCAGACAGAUGCUUUUGUCAUGGGGAGAUAAAAAGCUGCCAAACUUCGAGACAGAUGCGUUUUUGUACGUUCUCUUUAUUGCUGUUCUGAAGCACCAGUCAUUUUCAAAGGUCAUGUUCUUGAACUAUGACUUGUUCCUGAUUUUUUUAAAAGGCAAACAGGUAUUUUUAGAUACUGCUUCUUUUCUAUACAUUUUAAAGAAGAAAAAGAAAACAAUUGAACUUAGUCCUCAACAGAUAACGGCAACUCAGAAUGACUUUUGCAGUCAGUCUUGUUUUGUUUUUUAUAAUAUAGUAUUGUUAAACUUGAGGUAUAGAACACUGCUGUACUUAGUUUCCUUUGUCUGUUUUCAGACCUCAGCUAUUAUUUUUGAGGAAGAUGGACUGAAAAGGUAAUAAUUUUCAGACUCUUUUAUAAACCGUUUAACACAUAAUUGGGAAUUUUCUCAAACAGGGCUCCAUUUCAGAUUACUAGGUAAUAGCAUCUUGCAUUUUAGUCUGUAAAAUUACAAAAAUCUGUUUUUCUUUGUCUCUUAUCCAUGUCAUUCCCGAGAAAUUACAUGCAGUAAAUUGCCACUGAAGCCCUUCAAAAUCUCAAGAUUGGUUUUAAAAAAUCAGAAGGGGGUUGGGGGGAGAAUGUAUAAUCAGAUGGCUUCUUUUAAGUUUUCUCUUUUGCUUUUUUAGGCCUUUGGAGAGCUUUCAAUCAUACUCUCAAGAUUUUUUUCCUCCUCAACUGUGAGGAGUAGAAAAUUCAUUUUUAAAAUUACCUCAAAAUAUGAGUAGUGUUUUAAUCACAGAUGUUAGGGCUGGAGUCCUGAUAAUUAGUUAAGACUGCAAUCAAAAUCACAGAAUUUGGCAAGACAGCAGUUAUCAAGGAUCCCAUCCCUUUGUGGCCAAGCCUGCAGAUUAUCUCUUACCUUUAGGAAUGGGUGUGUGCAACUCCUGGGGGGUACACUGGGAUUCUCAGCUGAGCUGGAUGCCAGAGGACUUCCUGCAGGAGCUUGUGGGAUUUGAAGGCACAGCUCUAUCAAAAGACCUGACAGCUGACAGGAGAUGGGGCUGUGUCCUGUUCCCAAAUGCAUUUAGGGCCAGGGACCCCACUGACCUUAGCAGUGUAGAAAUGGGGCCCAGCAUGAGAAAAGGCUCUUUGCUUCUUGGUACAAAGGGCCCCAGGAAUGCAGAUACAGUAGGAAAGCAAGUCUCAGUGUGGUUUUCAUUGAAAACACUAUUUUUUUAAUAUUAGUUUAGGUCACUUAUUAACUCUCUAACUUGAGGGCACAUUCUGUGCUGUGUGACUAUGGACUAAACAGCAUCAAAUUCCCAUAAAUAAUAGCAGAAACAAAUUUGAAGCAAAAGUAAAUUCAUUUAGGCUUUUUAUUUCAAAUUAAGUUAUUUAUUUGUAUAUUUCAAUAAAUAUUUAAUUUAUAUCUGUACAUAUUUAUAAUGCAAAUUAGGCUUCUAGUCAAGGUUAGCAGUGAUGUAACAGUUGCCGUUAAGAAGUGCUCCUGCAUCAAGUAAUGCAGAGUAGUCAAAAGCCAGAUCACUUGUCUUGCUUACCCAAUAUUGGCAUUGUCUCUUUCCACCCCCUUAUGCCAUGCUAAAAAAAAAAAAAAAAAAAAAGAAAAAUUCCUUGGCAAGGACAGGUUUUAGUCAAUGCCUGAGGUGGAUGUGUGUCAGUCUCUGCCCAGGUAAAUGGAAAUUGUGUGGUGCAGCCUUCCUUCAGCACCUAUAGCUCCCUGGGCCCCUAUGGUGCCUGCUGCACAGGGGCUGCUCCCUAAUCUAAACAUCUUUCACUCUUCUUCCACCAAGGCUCCACAAAGCCACCACCACUUUAGUCUAUUCUGUGUAACAGCCAAGGUUCUGAAAGGGGGAAAACCAAAAACCUUGGAAAUAACCUCACUAUAGACCACUCUCAGUGCUGUGAAAUGUACUCUGUUGCCUUGAAUAGCACUAUUGCUGCACAAUUUUUUAUGAAGAGCAACAGAACUUGUAUUUUUCACUGGUUUUAGAUUCCAGGAUCACCAGGCAAACUCAGCCAUAGAGCAGCAUGACUUUUGUUUGAAAGGAAAACUCUCGUAUUUUGAACCAUUUCUACGUCUUCUAAGAAAAUGUUACACUUAUGCUUCCUCACCAAAUGCCUGUUACUGUACCAGGUGCUUUUUUUAAAUUGUUUGUUUUGUUUGUUUUGUUUUUUUUUUAAUGGGUGAUGCUUUUUUUUUUACAAAAAACCCGGAUCAUAACUUUGGGGGAUCAAGGGCGUUUUUUUAAUGAGAUGAUUGUGGCAAUUUGAUUUUUCAAAUGGAGAAUAUUAAUUUAGUAUCAAGUUUUGUUAGACACUUUCAAAUUAAUUGGCCAAGGGUGUAUGUUGUAUGAUAAUGUUCUCAUAUUAAGAAUGUAAUUAUUUCCUUAUUGUAUUUUUUAAAAAACAAAAUCAUAUUUAAAAAAAUCUCUGUGAAAAAAAGCAUGAUAGAAACAUGAAAAAAAAGGUUUUGUUUUAUUUUUGUUAUUGGAUAUGUUGGCAGUGCCCAUUAUAAUUGACUGUAAAUAUAGCCUUUCUACUGUAUUUCUCAGUGUAUUUAAGUUCUUUCUGACACACGUUCAUGGACACUUCUGGUAAAAAAAAAAGAAAAAACAACAAAAAAACAAAAGUCCAAAAUAGACUCACCUUCAAAUGUGUGUCUUAGUAGCUUCAACUAACUUUAUGCCUUUCUAGUUUAUUCUUCAGAAAGUCUUGCAAAGUGUGACAAAAGACUGGCACCCGGUAGGUGCGACAGAUCUGAGACCAUUAUUAAUAAAGUUACCUGU